CGCCUCAUUUGUACAUUGCGCACCACAACCCACUCGCCUCGAAAGCGAUAUCCACCACCAAGAGAGAAGCGCCGAGAUUAUGUCAAGACUCAAACCUCCUCGUCGAGAAUGGCCCGAACAUCCCCGAGUUCAAACCACCAUCUCAGAUAACCUUGCACGCCCACACAUCCAUCAUCAAAAAGAGACAGUCAUGGAAACACCAAUCUUCUCCACCAGCAUCCCAUCGCCACUGCGCGGUUUUGACAAACAUUAGACGAGAAGAGGCAUACGUCCGCCCGCUAGACUUUUUCAACCCCAUCUUGUAGCCCAACAGAUAGCAUUCGUCUCCCCAACGUCCGCCGUGACAAGAACGUUAGUGGUCAAUAUCCACGAUACCAAACAUGAGAACGGGGAUCGUCAAUGAACGUUCCCCGGGUCGCCGAAUCUGAUUCUCAUUUUUACCGCCGUUCAGGCUCCCGG